AUGACACCACAGCCUCGUGCGAAAGGGUGCAGGACGAAAUGCAGGGGAACGGCCUCUCAGUCCUCCACCUACAACGACUACGUCCCUUCGAGAGCCAUCGACGGGAACACGGACCCCAACCUGUACAACGGCUCCUGCUCACACACCUGGAACACGGGCCAGCCGGGCUGGUGGAGGCUGAGCCUGCCCACCGCCUACAGCGUCACCAACCGGCUGUCCUCAGUGAGCAGAAUCAACAACGCCGUCAUCAUGGUGGGGGACUCCACCGAGAACAACGGCAACAACAACCCCAGGUGUGCCGUCAUCCCGUCCAUCGCGGCCGGAGCUACCAGAACCUUCCCCUGUGGGGGGAUGGUCGGCCACUUGGUCAACUUGUACCAAACUAACCCCAGAGCUUACCUGUCCCUGUGUGAGGUGCAGGUGGAAGCAGAGCCGGCGUUCCCCAGCCUCGGCGCCGUGGUGGGGGGCCGUGAGGUGGUGCUGCUGCUGGAGGAGAGGCGGAGCUGGUCGGACGCCCUGUUCUUCUGCAGGGACUUCUACGGGGAGCUGCUCAGCAUCCGCAGCGAGGAGCAGCAGAGGGAGGUGGAGGAGCUGCUGAGCUCCGCCUUCUUCCCCCUCACCGCACACGUGUGGGUGGGACUGCGCAGGUAAAGUAAAACAUUCGGUUUGAAUCACAUCACAUUUUAAACUGUGCUGGACGUGUUUAUUUGUAUUUUAUUUGACUUUUAGUGCAUUUAUUUUGUUCUU